AUGUGGGCCUUGUUUGGCAGGCCGACGGUGUCCGUGCAGGUCGCGUGUCACAACUCACAAUGGAUUAUGAGCCGUUGCGAUAUGGCAUGUUGCAAGUCUGGGCGAGAGUCCAAGGCGCCUCCGAAAUAUCCCGUGUUGCAAUUGACGGACUGCGGAACGGGCGCCGAUACAACCCGUUGCGCAAAUCUCCUUUGUAAUGAGCCAAUUGCUCAAGUUACCUUUACCUUUACGCACGCGGUUAUGUUAGCGUUCAACGACCCCGUCCAAAUUUACAGCCAAGCUUACGCAAGAAGAAAGCGUUUACGCAAAAAGUAUCCAAAUCCCCAUCGAUCUCACAUCUCGAAUCGCAACAAUUACACCGUUACGUGGCCCGGGCCUGUUAAAUCCGGUGAACGUUCGACUUUCUAA